UGAGCGUAGAAUGUAGCUGCCGAGCACUUCCGAGGUAGACUGUAGACUGUAGAGAGAAAUUCGUAAAAAGAGAAAUCCAGAGCCUGAUAUUUGCGCCUCACGCACACGUAGCAAUCGCAGCAAGUAACCGUCGUCAUCUCGAGGAAGUUAGGCCACGACUCAUGUACCGUUAACUCAUUCCGAAUUCGCCGCAGUCGCAUUCGUGUGCUGAGUGCUCACCCAGCUGAGGAUUGGGAACGCUUAUUCACGAGCAACGAGUGCACCAGUUGCGGUACACAAACCAUUCGGCUUGACUGUUGUGAAAGAUGAAUUUCACACCAUUCCCCGGUUUCACAACCGGUUCGUUGCCAGCGGGUACGGUGCAUCAAUUGGCCACGGCAAAGUUUGCACAAAACCUUACAACUGAUGGUCAACAACAACUCGUUGGAGUCUUAACUGGAGGAGAAGGAGGCGUGCAAUACCUUCGGCCACUCAACACGAAUGGCUUUGCUACCAUCUCUGGUGGCAACAAUCAGCAGCAGCAAAUAAUAACUCUGCCAAUCACCGUACCUGGAAAAGAUGGCACACAGCAACAACAAACUGUUCAAAUCCAGGUGGUAAAUCCGAAUGUUUCUCAAGGCGGAAACAGCGGAGAUCAACCCAAGUACCAUUUAGCGCCAAUCUCACUGGGACAAUUCCCUCAAGGUGGUGCCACGGUUCUCCAAAUUGCUUACAGUCAGCAGGGUCCCGAUGGAGUUCAAAUUCAAGUGCAGCCACAGAACACUGCGGCCACAACCCAAACAAACCGUUUUUUUGCUGCCAGGUCGGAUCAAACGACACAGAGUACAUCGACCGCCGUGACGACCACCUCACAGCAGACGAUUCAACAAACUGUUCAACUUCCUGGAGCUCCCGAGGGCUUGACUGUUGUCGCUCAGAUCCCACAGGACCUCAUUCUCCGGGAGGGAAUGGAGGACUCGAAGGAGGAUAUCAAGGAGGGUAUAGCCACUACGCCCGUAGCCCUGAUCAAACGAGGCAGCGUGAAAACCCAAGGAAACCAGAGCAGCGCGGAUGAGUUCAUCACCUCGAUGCCAGCCAGUUGGACGAGUCUGGCCACUCCUGGAUCCACCGUCGCCGACUACCUUUCCAGGUUACCGGCUAGCACGCUACCUCUGAGUUUACAUCACUUUCUCAAAUUUUCGGCUGAGACGAUAAAGCGAGAGGCCGCAGUGGAGGCCAGCUCUCACGAUGCCGAUGGCAUGGACGCCUCUGGAAGCACUGUUUCUGGAGAGCAGUCUGUGCAAAUAACCGUCGCUGGAGGUGAAACUGAGAUUAUUCCCGAUGUCGUCGAUGACCAGGAACCCGGCGUCAAACCUAAACGCAAGAAGAAAUACAAGAAGAAGCCCCCAAAGCCUAAGAAGCCAAAGCCAGGCCAGGUCAGCAUAGUCACUGCCCUUGAUGGAACGACUUUGUUCUGCUGUCCCCAGUGCAAUAUGGCGUAUCCCGAGAAAGAACUCCUGGAGCAGCAUCUCAUUGGUCACAAGAUCGAGAGGCGCUUCAUCUGCGACAUCUGUGGCGCGGGUCUCAAGCGGAAGGAGCAUCUUGAGAGGCACAAACUUGGACACAAUCCCGAUAGACCGUUUAUCUGCUCUGUGUGCAUGAAGGGAUUUAAACGAAAAGAACAUCUGAACCUCCACUUCGUUAUUCAUUCUGGACAAAAGACGGAGGUCUGUACUGAGUGCGGAAAGGCCUUCUAUCGAAAGGACCAUCUGCGGAAGCACGCAAGAUCACAUCUCGCGAAGAGAGCGAAGGAGGAUCCUCUGGGUCCCUCUGACAACUCGCAGAAUCAACAGAACGAUCAAUCUCAACAGUCUGAAAUGCAACAGUCUGUAUCCGAAUUACCCCAGAUUCAGAUUCAAUUGGGGCAAGGACCUCAGGCGCAGAUUCAUCAAAUAUCCGUCAGCGAACAGUCUACGGUUGUUCUUCCUACGGCAGCCGAAACGGGCGCGAUCACGAUGCUGCACCAUCAACAACAACAGCAUUAGCAACAGCCUACCGCCCAGGGUCAAACCGGGCGGUUUUUCCGAUUUAACCAUGAGCAAGCUAAGGGCCGAGCGAAGCAGAACAGCACGAACUGAACGAGAUUGGGCAUUGUGCUUUUGCACUAGUUUUCAAAGGCUUUCACUUUUUUGAAAAGCAUCCACUAUUCGCAGUUUACUUUUGGCUACAGUUAUAGCUAUGAGUUACUAGACAUUAAGUAAUAGUUGCUGAAAAAAUUUCGAAAAAAUACUGUUCAUACGCGUGUUUUUUCAGCCGUAGUGAAAGGAGACAUGGUUUAUGAUGGCUUGGCUUGUUUCACAACAAUUUUUGACGUUUUUGUAGCCUGAAAUUGAAGUUUUUUGUUAAUUUGAAAAAAGCAUGAUCAGUAUGUUCGAAAUUUUUUUAAACUACUACUAAUAAAUUUCAGUAAUUAGCCGAAAAUAUUUAAUAUAAGUUUCCUUUUUAUGAAUAAUUUCUUCAGCCGUUUCUGCGAUGCAAAGCCUGGUUUGCGCAAUUGGAUAAAAACGUACACGUUGUAGAGUACGUCACCGUGGAAGUUUGAAGUUAAUUCAGUUCGACGACGCGAAUUAGAAUGUUAACGAAUAAAAUUAUAUAUACACAAAAAAAAAAUAUAUAUAUUAUAUAUCAAUAUAUUUUUGAGAGCGCGAACUGGAUUCGCCAGGGGAUGAAUGCCGAUCGAAUUUUUGGCCAGAAACACGCUCUUGUAGGGUAAAGGGACUUUUGUGACGAGGCAGAUAAUAAGCCACGAAUCAUCAAGGUCCUAGAGUUGACACUGUAAAUAACUUACUAACGAGCGGGUUUUCCAUCCAACGGUUUCGAAAGAAGACUGCGAAGUGCAAAUAUGGAAAUGUUUUUUUAAUUAUUUUCUUUUUAUUUAUUUUACCCUACUUAAAGAAUAAUUAUUAAGUACGAGAAUCACAGUGGAAACGUGUUUUUAUAGGUAAAAGUAUUAUUAAGCGUACGUCAGGUACAGUCGCUGUCGACCCAUUCGCUUCUGGAAUCAGUCUUUCUUUAAAAUUUACAUUUAACCAGUGAGAGAAAGAGAGAGAGAGAAAUGCCUGACUUUUGGAAAACCGCGUAUUCGUUUUGUAAUAAUUUGUAUGGUCUUUUUUUUUAUGUUAUUGUAUUGUAUUGUUUUCUUGCGCCGUAAAGCGAAUGGGUUGAGGAUUCCGCAAGUUUGACCAGUGGCAGUUUCUAAAAUUAGAUUUGAAGACUUGACUUGCUUAGAGGGGCCAAAAAUUCGAGGAUUAAGACUCAAAAAGGCCAAAACAACGAAUCACUUUGACAAGCCAGAAUUAUAAAUUUGGCACCGAACUUGUAAAUAUCUUGAUCUUGCAUAUAAAAAAAUCUAUCUGGGGAUGUAAAAACUUAAUUCUAAACUAAGAAAUAUACUUUGGAAUGUAAAAAUUAGAAGGUUAAGUCUUCAAUAAAUCCUUGGACUAAUUACAAAAUAUUAAAAUAAUCUAUGAGGCUUUAAGAAAAGAAAUGUUAGUAAAGGCUUUUCUAGUCUUGAUUCUGUUUACUGUGAACAAUUAUUUUAUGAGCUCUGUGACUGUUGCUGGUAGAUCCAUUGCGAAUCGUAAAUCUCAUCGACGCUGAAGGCUCGAUUCAUGUGUGCAACCAUGAGUCUGUUCGAGAAUUGUACUAACUUCGGUAAAAUUAAAUAAUUGAGUGAUUUAUUUCAAGUUUAUUGAAAGACUUGAGGCAAUUGAGUGCAAAGGCUUGCAACUUUUUUUUUAUAAUGUUAUUGAUCGAAUUUUAAUAGCGAUUUGUUCGACACAUUCGAGCUUCAGGGGAUGAGUGAAACAUCGCGUGCCGAAAGCAGAGAUUUAUAUUUUGCACAUGGUUAUCUAAGACUUGAUUUUAUAUUUCCAGGUAGCCUUGAAAUCAAAUGAAUACAUCUGAAUUUGUCUAAAGUGUAUCAUUGUACAUCAUCUUUCGUCGAUUGCUCCCAAAAAGCAUAUUAUAAUUUAAUAUAUUCAUACAUAAAAGACACGCAAAGUGUGAAAUGUUGGAAUUCAUUGAAAAUUCCAGUAAUGUAUCCGAAUGAGAGAAUCAGUUUAGCAAGAGACGCAUCAUUCGUAGAAGAAAAGCAUUUUUCCAUAAUCAAUGUUUUGUAUCUAACGGUUUCUUUUAUAUUUCCUAUUUAAUAAGGAGCUUCUCAUCUAGCAAUUUAAACUUUGCUAAACGUAUCCAACGUUUAAUUUUGGCGAAAGAACCGGAUGAACUGACGAGUGUUAAUUUCGGUGCCUAGGUGGCUAAACUCGAUUACACAGUGAAAAAUAAAAAUUGGAAUUGUAAAAAAAAGAUAAUCGUGUUGACCUUGGGACGUAAGCCUUUUCGGAUUAUUCUCGAAAAUGCAGAUAUACAUAAAUAAUUUAAAAAAAACUUUUAUUGUAAGUAUCACAAUUUAAGGCAUGGGUAUAGAUCUACGAAAAGUAUAACUAUUAUUUUAUUAAUAUUAUAUUAUAACUAUCAUCGUAGAGAGUACGGAUAGUCUUUAAGUCUUUUCAUUGUUACUUCCUGAUAUUGGACAAAUGAUAAAAUAAAACGUACCUUUAAUACAAU